CGACCAGCAUAUUCCAUUUUCGAGUUGCCAUGUACAAAAGUCACUGAACCUUUACAUCACUUUGUCCAACAAAUCUACUUUCAACUAUCACCAAACUAACCAAUCUCUUCAUUCCUUCACAUUUACACCAAUUCAUGUUUUCAUGGAUUUAUAGUCCUCAUAGUCAAGAACGGGAAUAAUAUUCAGCAUUGAACCUUAUGGAGAACUGUAAAUUUUGUGUAGUUUUAAUCAUUCUCUUGAUUAUAGGAGACAUGGUGGUCACUGGACAGCAAAUACCCACUACCUUAGAAGGCCCUUUUGAGCCAGUAACUCAGAGUUUUGAUCCAUCUUUGCGUCGAGGCAGUGAUGAUUUGCCUAUGGAUAAUCCUAGACUUAAGAGGAAUGUCACCUCAAUGUUUCCAGAACAGAUAGCUCUUGCAAUAUCAACGCCUUCAUCAAUGUGGGUUUCUUGGGUUACUGGGGAUGCCCAGAUAGGUCUUAAUGUGACUCCACUUGAUCCUUCAAUGGUUGCUAGUGAGGUGUGGUACGGUAAAGAAAGUGGGAAAUAUUCUAUGAAACAGACUGGAGUUUCAACAAUUUACAGUCAGUUGUACCCAUUUGAGGGUCUUUGGAAUUACACCUCUGGCAUUAUUCAUCAUGUGAAGAUUGAUGGCCUUGAAGCUGGAAUGAAAUAUUAUUACAAGUGUGGGGACAGUUCUUUACCAGCUAUGAGUGAGGAGCAUGCCUUCGAAACCUUAACACUGCCCGGGCCGGAUUCUUAUCCUCAUCGAAUAGCAGUUGUUGGAGAUUUAGGCCUCACAAGCAACUCAACAACCACCAUCGAUCAUAUGAUCGAGAAUGAUCCAUCAAUGGUUUUAAUGGUUGGAGACUUAACUUAUGCAAAUCAGUACCUUACAACUGGUGGGAAAGGAGCUUCAAGCUUUUCACGUGCGUUCCCGGAUGCACCCAUUAGAGAAACAUUUCAACCUCGAUGGGAUGGUUGGGGAAGGUUCAUGGAGCCCCUUAUCUCUAGAGUUCCUAUGAUGGUUAUAGAAGGCAACCAUGAGAUUGAGCCUCAAGCUGCCGGAAUCACUUUCAAAUCAUAUCUUACCAGAUUUGCUGUUCCUUCAAAUGAGUCUGGCUCCAACAGUAACUUCUAUUACUCCUUUGAUGCUGGGGGAGUACAUUUCAUCAUGUUGGGAGCAUAUGUUGACUACAACAGUUCUGGUGCCCAGUAUGCUUGGCUGAAAGACAACAUGGACAAAGUAGACCGCAGUGUGACCCCUUGGCUUGUAGCUGCAUGGCAUCCUCCUUGGUACAAUAGCUACUCCUCACACUACCAGGAAUUUGAAUGCAUGAGGUUGGAAAUGGAAGCAAUUCUGUAUAAGUAUGGCGUUGAUAUUGUCUUCUCAGGUCAUGUGCAUGCAUAUGAGCGGAUGAAUAGAGUCUACAACUAUACAUUGGAUCCAUGUGGGCCUGUUUACAUAACAGUUGGAGAUGGUGGUAAUAUUGAGGAAGUUGAUGUUGAUCAUGCAGAUGAUCCCGGAAACUGUCCGUCAGCUGGAGACAACACACCAGAAUAUGGAGGGGUAUGCCAUUUGAAUUUCACCUCUGGUCCUGCAAAAGGCAAGUUUUGCUGGGACAGACAACCAGAGUGGAGUGCAUACAGAGAAAGCAGCUUUGGACAUGGAAUACUUGAGGUUUUGAAUUCGACCUAUGCCUUAUGGACAUGGCACAGGAACCAGGAUAUCUACAAGGAGAACAGCCAUGGCGAUCAAAUAUAUAUUGUACGACAACCUCAAUUGUGCUUUGCUGCUUCAAAGGAUUUGACAAUCACACCAUCAUCGCCACAUUUGGACGCUGCAGCUCGAUCGGUAGUUCCUUUGUUCGGGGGCUUUGUUUUCUCUUUAGUCUUGAUAUUGCUUCAGUGCUUGAAAAUUUAG